UAUGCUAAUGGUAACUGUCCUUAUGUACAUUCGAUGGAUCGCGAUUGAUCGAUCGAUCGUCCAAACAAGUGGCCAUAGCGUGUCUCUUGGUGAAUACUAGUGCCCUACUUAUUUCUGUUGGGGUCAAGCAACUUUCUUUGACAUAGGUGUACGACUACUUGACCACGAUCUCGAGCGAGGUCACUUUUCUAUUCCAUGGACGAUAGAGCACAAUCAAAUUUCUAUACUUGGUCUGUCGUUAUCUCCCGUUCGUCUUCGUGACUUUGGGGAUGUUCAUGUGGGUACAACCUGCUUUAUCACAGACCACGUCUCUAUGCCAGACGUAUUAUACUUUGAACACUUACAUUGGCGGUGUGAUAAUGUUCUGCGCGGAGUGUCUAUUCGUCGCACGUACAUGUGUACUUUGGGGAUACAAACGAUCGAUUGUUGUUUUGUUUAUGAUCAGCACAGUACUCUAUUUCGUCUCAGGUAUCGUAAUCUUGAAGAUGCAUGCGUCGUCAACGAGAGUCAUCAAAUCACCGAUACCCUUUGCGAGCUGCUUUGAUUCCGAAGAGAGCGGCCUCGUUAUCGCAGCAUAUAGCUUACUUAUUCUGGCAGAAUUGCAAAUCGUGUUCUUUUCACUAUACAAAGCCACGAAAAGCUUCCGAAAUUGGGGUCGCAAGAAUCGAUUGCUCGAGAUCCUCAUCCAGCACAACAUAUUCUACUUUGCUUGUGGAUUGUGUUCUUCAGUUAUUGUUAUCCUAACGACGGCCUUGUUGCAAGCGUCGUAUGGUAAUUUGAUGGCUAGUGCUCAAGUUGUGUUCCACGCGCUCCUAGUGACAAAGAUGCAUCUCAAUCUAUGGGAAUCAGACAGGCGUUGUAACUCCCUUGAUGUUCGCCAUAAUAGAUCAAGUGCGGUGAACAAUUAAUCAAUAUUAUCAGCAGAUCCCUGCAUGUCUUCAUCGUUACAACGUCCCUUCAGCCCUGAAAUGCCAUUCUGUGACCGUCCAGGUACAUAGCAUGUCGGGUCUCUACACAAUACGGCAUAUUAGGGAAGCAUAGGAAACAGAACGAUUCCAAUUGGCCGACUACACUAUAAAAAUGGGUCGUCGCUUGCACGAAUACGUAUUAUUGCCCCCAGUCGUAUCGAGUGUCCAUUUGAUUAGGACCCCUUAGCCAUGUUCAACGCAGCCUUCUGUUGGCGAGUGAAGGAUGGGGCAGCGCCAAGACUCU